GGAGGAGGAUCGAGAAUCGCGGAGGGUGGCCGGAGGAAGAGGCCGCUGGCCUGGACGCGGCCCGCUUCCUCGCAGCCCCCCGACGGAGCUGUGGAGGGGCGGGCUAAGAUGGCGGGCUGCGGCUCCGGCUGCUGCCGCGUCGUGGACUUCGGUUGGCCGUUGGACGAGGACACUCCCAACUGGCCCACAGUCUGCGCGGUGCGACGCAGGGUGCUGAGAUCGCCCGAAACCACUGCGUUUCCGCUCUCGCGCGGCAAGCAGGCCUUUGAGCUGAACGGCGGCUCCGGCACGCACGCGGACGCGCCCGCGCACUUUAUUCCGCGGAUACCCGGUGGCCGCACCAUAGACCAGCUCAGGCCGGAGGAGCUCGCAGGCGUGCCCCUGGCGAUCGUGGACGUGGCCGCCGCGUGCGCGGCGGACCACGACCACGCGGUGGCCGUGGCCGAGCUCGAGGCCGACGAGGAGGCCCACGGCCCGAUCGCGCGGGGCAGCCUGGUGUGCGUCCGCACCGGCUUCUCGGAGCGCUACCGGGCAGCCGUCGAUGAGCGCCGCCGUGUCCGGGGCGCCCGCGCCGGCGCGACACACGCGGGGGAGGAUGACGUCGGGACGGGCCGCGACCCGUGGACCGUGUACCACAACGCUGGGCGCGCGGACGACGUCCACCCGGAGUACUGCCUGCCGACCAUGCACUUCCCUGGGCUCUCCCCCGCGGCGGCCGCCUGGCUGGUGGAGACCCGCAGCAUCGUGGGCCUGGGGGUGGACACGUUGUCACCGGACCCCGGCGCGAGCACCGGCUUUGGGGUGCACCACGCGGUGUUGGGUGCCGACAGGUACAUCCUCGAGAACUUGAACCUGGACGGCCUGCCCGCGCGCGGCGCCACGGCCGUCGUGGCGCCACUGGCGCUUGCGGGCGCCCCCGAGGCGCCAGCGCGCGUGUUCGCCUGGGUGCCGGCGGCGUAA